UCGGGUUGUAGCUGUGGCUGCGAUUUCUGUAGUGAUGGGGCCGACUCCGGAGAUCUAUUGGCUGCUGGCUUUGUAAAUUUCAUUCAGCCUGGUCCAAUAGCAGAGGGAGAGCGCCGGAGACAGCAGGACCUCUCUCUUCAAUCUCUCUUUUUCUUGCGGACCCGUCUCUCUCCCUCUCUCUCCCGUCUCUGUCUCUGAGCACAGAGCUCUUAUUCAAGCCCUCGCUCGGCCCUUCCUGCUUCAAUUGUGAUGGUUUUUCUCCCUGGCCGCAGACCAUUGACGACAGAAACAACGAGUUUCCUCCGAACGGCCGUGUCGGGGGGCCCUUGCAUUCCUUUGGAUGAGCACAUCUAGCUGGGGGUGGGGUGGGGGGUUCCAGAAAGCGAAGUCGCCUGGACUACAGACAUCUCCUGAAUCAUACCCCGGGGUCGGGUUCCCUGCAAAAAUCUGGAUGUGCCAAAAGAACUCUUAACCUCCAACGCAGCUUUUCCGCGGACAAGGUAUCUUCCUGACCGACUGCCCAGGGAGAGUUGGAAUGGCUUUGCGUAUCUCUCUGAACCCCCAAGUCUUCAGUUGUGAUGAUGAAAUUAUACGGAGAGGCUCAUGUGAAACGUUGUCAUAGUGCGGAAUGUUUCAUUCUUAGCUCCCACAUCUGAUAUUCCUCGAAAGGGAACCAUGUGCUGAGAUGGAAAGAAAAAUCAAGUAGAUUUCCAUGGAGGCAUUUUUAAAGGCACCGUCGCAGAAGGAUGAUCUGAUGUCAAAGACGGUUUUAUGCCAACUGGCUUUUCAUUCUGAGGUCAAGAGUGAGAACGAAGCUGCCUUGUCCAGCAAGCCUGACUUUGCCAUUCGUGUCUGUCAAAAGAGAAAUCUGGAGUUUCCCUCUUCUGCAAAAUCAAUCCUCUGGUCCCUUUGCUGACUGGGGACCAUUCCCCCACAAAUCCUAGAAGGUGGGUCCAUGACUUUUGCUAGAGGAUGAGAGCGACAGCAUGCAGUGAUAGGAUUCCUGUGGGCGCCGGCACACUGGCCUUUGUCUUAGAGAGACUAAGGCUUAGUAGCGGAAAGAAGGAACAGAAACACCUGAGGACUAUGGUGCCUCAGCAUUUCACGGAAGGUCCUUCCGUGAACACUUCCUCUGAGACGUUGACCCCGCCCACUCCUGAUGUCACUUCCUGCCUGGGGCUCUCCUCGGUGAUGUCACAUCCGGUGGUGCAGGCAAGAUGGUGGUGAGGAGGCCGUGUGUGCGCCCAGGUGGUGCAUUUACAGCAAAUAAUAAUAUGUUCACUGCCUUUAUUGAAAACAAUCAGUUUUAAACACACGAAAAAUUGGCUGCCUUGGAGUUUUCGUAAGGAAGGAAUUGUGGUCGCUGGAGGUGCUGGAUGGUCACCGCUUCCUCGGAGCGUUGCACCUGCUGGGAUCUGGUUUCAGGAUUAAGGGAGGGCUGCCCUCUCGCGAUGGGAACUGUCUCGCUUGCUCUUAACCUUGGGCUCUGUCUAUGUUCAGUCUGAGGGUCUCAGCUGGGGCUUGCGCUGUCGGCGGGCUCACCUCUCGGCCUCGUCUCCUCCUCGGAGUCCCGGCGUCUCUGGGACGGCGGCGGGUGCGUCUGUGAGCCAUGUCGAGUCCCCGGGGACUGCUAUGGCUGCCUUUGUUCUUUACUCCGGUCUGCAUCAUGCUGAAUUCCAACGUCCUCCUGUGGAUAACCGCCCUGGCCAUCAAGUUCACCCUCAUUGACAGCCACGCCCAGUAUCCGGUCGUCAACACCAACUAUGGCAAAAUACGGGGCUUAAGAACACCCUUGCCCAAUGAGAUUUUGGGUCCGGUGGAGCAAUACUUGGGGGUCCCCUAUGCCUCACCUCCCACUGGAGAGAGGCGGUUUCAGCCCCCAGAGCCCCCUUCCUCGUGGACCGGCUUACGAAAUGCAACUCAGUUUGCUGCUGUCUGCCCCCAGCAUCUGGAUGAGAGGUCUCUACUGCACGACAUGCUGCCCAUCUGGUUCACUGCCAAUUUGGAUACUCUGAUGACGUACGUUCAAGACCAGAACGAAGACUGCCUUUACCUAAACAUCUACGUGCCCACGGAAGACGAUAUCCAUGAUCAGAACAGCAAGAAGCCGGUGAUGGUCUAUAUUCAUGGUGGAUCUUACAUGGAAGGCACUGGAAACAUGAUCGAUGGGAGCAUUUUGGCGAGCUACGGGAACGUCAUUGUGAUCACCAUUAACUAUCGUCUGGGCAUCUUAGGGUUCUUAAGCACCGGCGACCAGGCGGCGAAAGGCAACUACGGGCUUCUGGACCAGAUCCAGGCCUUGCGGUGGAUCGAGGAGAAUGUGGGAGCCUUUGGUGGGGACCCCAAGAGAGUGACCAUCUUUGGCUCCGGGGCCGGGGCCUCCUGUGUCAGCCUGCUGACCUUAUCACACUAUUCAGAAGGUCUGUUCCAGAAGGCCAUCAUCCAGAGCGGCACGGCCUUGUCCAGCUGGGCGGUGAACUACCAGCCUGCCAAGUACACUCGGAUAUUGGCAGACAAAGUGGGCUGCAACAUGCUGGACACCACCGACAUGGUGGAAUGCCUGCGGAACAAGAACUACAAGGAGCUCAUUCAGCAGGCCAUCACCCCGGCCACGUACCACAUAGCCUUCGGCCCCGUCAUCGACGGUGACGUCAUCCCCGACGACCCGCAGAUCCUCAUGGAGCAGGGCGAGUUCCUCAACUACGACAUCAUGCUGGGCGUCAACCAGGGCGAGGGCCUGAAGUUCGUGGACGGCAUCGUGGACAACGAGGACGGCGUGACGCCCAACGACUUUGACUUCUCCGUGUCCAACUUCGUGGACAACCUGUACGGCUACCCCGAGGGCAAGGACACCCUGAGGGAGACCAUCAAGUUCAUGUACACGGACUGGGCGGACAAGGAGAACCCGGAGACCAGGCGGAAAACCCUGGUGGCUCUCUUCACGGACCACCAGUGGGUGGCCCCCGCGGUGGCCACUGCGGACCUGCACGCCCAGUACGGCUCGCCCACCUACUUCUACGCCUUCUACCACCACUGCCAGAGCGAGAUGAAGCCCAGCUGGGCAGACUCGGCCCACGGGGACGAAGUGCCCUACGUCUUCGGCAUCCCCAUGAUCGGGCCCACGGAGCUCUUCAGCUGUAACUUCUCCAAGAACGACGUGAUGCUCAGCGCUGUGGUCAUGACCUACUGGACCAACUUUGCCAAAACCGGGGACCCUAAUCAGCCAGUGCCUCAGGACACCAAGUUCAUCCAUACGAAGCCCAACCGGUUUGAGGAGGUGGCCUGGUCCAAGUACAACCCCAAGGACCAGCUGUACCUGCACAUCGGCCUCAAGCCCAGGGUGAGAGACCACUACCGGGCCACCAAGGUGGCUUUCUGGCUGGAGCUCGUCCCUCACCUGCACAACCUGAACGAGAUCUUCCAGUACGUCUCCACCACCACCAAGGUGCCCCCGCCGGACAUGACGUCGUUCCCCUACGGCACGCGGCGGUCCCCGGCCAAGAUCUGGCCGACCACCAAGCGCCCGGCCAUCACGCCCGCCAACAACCCCAAGCACUCCAAGGACCCGCACAAGACGGGGCCCGAGGACACCACGGUCCUCAUCGAAACCAAGCGGGACUACUCCACCGAGCUGAGCGUCACCAUCGCGGUGGGGGCGUCGCUCCUCUUCCUCAACAUCCUGGCCUUCGCCGCGCUGUACUACAAGAAGGACAAGAGGCGCCACGAGACGCACCGGCGGCCCAGCCCGCAGAGGAACACGACCAACGACAUCGCGCACAUCCAGAACGAGGAGAUCAUGUCGCUGCAGAUGAAGCAGCUGGAGCACGACCACGAGUGCGAGUCUCUGCAGGCGCACGACACGCUGCGGCUCACCUGCCCGCCGGACUACACGCUCACGCUGCGCCGCUCCCCGGACGACAUCCCGCUCAUGACGCCCAACACCAUCACCAUGAUCCCCAACACACUGACGGGCAUGCAGCCGCUGCACACCUUCAACACCUUCAGCGGGGGCCAGAACAGUACGAAUUUGCCCCACGGACACUCCACCACCAGGGUAUAGCUUUGCGGUCCCCUUCCCCGCCCGUGCGCGCCUCCCCUCCCUCCCUCCCUCCCGCAGCCCCUGCGCUCUGCAACGCAGAAGAAGAGACAAAGCGCCCAUCUCCAAACCACGCGUGUCCGCAGCCCCACUGACUUGGGCAAGGAAAGGGCAACCGUCACGACCCUGCGGACGCACCCCACACCCCCGUUGGCAUUUCCCAGUAUGACAAGAUCAACUUCCGACCCUGCGAAAUGUGAAAGGCAUACAUUUCUGUUCCAAUUACUCGCUUUACGAUCUCCGCCAACCGCGCCGCCGCAGCGACGCACGGUUCGUGUGACCCGUCUGGGCCGUCCCCACUGCAAAGACGUGGGAGUUUCCAGCCGUCUCUCACGGUAGCAGCUGACCCUUCCGGAACUCAGUCAGCGGACACUUACUAUUUUUUAAUUAUAAUUAUGAAAAAAAAAAAAAAAAGGGAAAAAAAGGGUUUCUUUAUGUACCUACCACACCAUGGAUGGUGGCUCUGCUUAAGCGAAGAAAGAGUCUAUGGGCUUUUACCCAGCAUGUGGAGCUGUAUUCCAGAGAGAAGGGGGGAGAAAAAAAAAAAAAAA